UGCCCAUCGCCACUCCAGUUGCCAAGCCCCCAGCACCUCCCGCUGGCAACACCAUUCCUACAGUGGUGGGCCGUAGUGUGAUACCACGUAUUACCUCUUCCUCCCCUAGCCCCACUGAGCUGCCCAGCAGUGUCAAUGGAGCACCAAAGAGACCUCACUCUCCAUCUCAGGAGGAUCCACCUAAGAGGCACAAAGAUACAGAGGUGUUUUCUGAUGACUCUGCGUUUAAAGAGCCAUACCCUCCAAAUAGUAAUGGCUUGGACUGUGAAGAGAGGCCAGCAGGGGAGGGUCUUUCAGCAACCAAACCUAUGCCAAUACCAACAAUUGAUACAUCAAGAUCACAGAGACUACCUAGUAAAGAGCUUCCGGAUGCAUCUUCCCCAAUUCCCACAAGCAAUCUCCGCGUGAUUAAAAAUUCAAUCAGGCUCACCCUUAACCGAUAACAGUGAGCUAUCUACAGGUUGUCCCUUAAAGAGUGGAACCACACUUGUGUAACAGCAGUGCUGCUUUUAAACUGCUACUGAUAUUUGGCUGGUCUUCCUGCUUGUUACAGAGUUGCAGAGUUCCUGCUUGUAAAGUAUUGACCCACACACACACAGUUUUUUUUUAUGCCUUACUGUGUCAGAAUGCUUGCUUAAA